AUGGAUGCCAGACUAUCAAAAGAAUCAUUUUUACUUAGCAGAGACGAAUUACUGAACGCGUCUAACAUGUCAAAGUUCCUGUUAGCCACGUUGCCUUUAUUUGAUAUUUUAUCCGCUGGAGGGAAAGUAUCUAAAAUUACCAAAGAACCAGAGACAGGGACCAAAGUUAAACACAUCACCAGCCGUGGUUGGUCGUUAUUUGGAACUGUUAAGAAACGGGACGAAAAGAGACAUAGUACCAAUCGAGAGGAUAAGUUGAGAGGCAUUAGCAGCAAGAUUAAACGUCGCAAGAGAUAUUCUUGCAUAGCGAGAAAUCUGCUUUAUAUUCUUCAAGAUUAUAGCGGUAACGUUGUUGUUCUAUCUUCCGGCUGUUCAGGAACGCUUAUAUCCCCCCGAUUCGUUCUUACUGCAGCCCAUUGCGUUCACAAUGGUCGUACGAGCCACAGGAACUUACAAGUUGCUAUACAGGAAGUAACGUCAAGUAAGCGCGUACAUUACGUAAAGAGAGUGACAGUACCGAAAGGUUGGCUGUUAGUCGGUAAUUCCAUGAACACCGAACGCUACGUGAGCGAUUACGCUAUUCUAGAGCUUGUCACAGCAGCUCGCGGACGACGAGAGUUCAUGCCUUUACAAGCGCCCAACAGAAAUAUGCUUUCAUUUGACAUGUAUUACAUGGGUUUCUCUUUUCGCCAGAGGCCCAAGUUUGGCAUCAACACGUGUCCCUGGGAAACGGGAAGGACAUUUCUCAAUCACAAUUUAAUUACCAGAGUGUGUGGAGCGGGAAGCGGACACUCCGGGGCGUCAGUCUUUACCCACAACAAGCGGAAGGGUUUCAGAAUCUCAGGAAUUGUUUCUCACGUACGCAUCGUUAAGUCAAACAGAGCGCAACACAAUACAGACCAAUGGACAGUUAUCACCGCGCUCACUCAACCGAAAAUCGACUUUAUAUGCUCGAUUGUUUCACUUGAUCCCAGCGAUGCACCAAAUGCUUGCUCGUUUGGAUCGAAUUCUUUUAAAUCUUCCAGAUUGAAUUUAAUUUUUUGA